AUGCCAGGGUUCAAAGCGGGGGCAGCUAGACGCACCCUCCAGGCCUGCUUUUUGCUGCCUAUUUGCGGUAGUUUGGGAUUUGUGGAAUGGGAAGUGCGGAGCUCCGGGACAGGAUGUGGAGUUACUGCAGGAUCGUACACCCUCACCCCCCACGCCCCGACUCUUGACAGAGCUGGCGUGCGCCUGCAUGAGCGCGUCGUCGGGAGAAGUGAGAAGAGAAUCGCUUUGUGGCAUCUGCAAGACUCUCCUAUCUGUAUCUGUAUCUCCGUACCAGUGACCCAGAGCCCUCUACGUAAGAGUAAAUCUAAACCCAGAUUCAGGCUGAUGGCUCACCUCUGGAUUCUCCUGUCAGCGGGCCUGCUGAUGGUGUCGGUGGCUGAGCCUCUGAGCAGCCCUGAGGAAAAUGAAAACGAAGUACUACAACACACCGAGACAGAGUUCACCAAGAACCAGAACCAGGAGAAUGAGAGUGCAGUCAGAAAUGUCAGUGAACCAGCAAGCCACACAGCUACCACAUCUCCUUUGACUACCACAACUUCCCCAAACUCUAGCCUUGCUCCACAGUGUCCCGGAAACCAGCGGAUGCAGGAGAGCAGCAAUGUCUGCGGCUGUCCAUCCAUCAUGGUAAAAGAUGGUGACGACUGUAUUUGCCCCGAGGGCUUCACCCUGGAAGGAGCAGGCCAGUGUAAAGAUGUUGAUGAGUGUGAAGGAGAGAGACCAAGGCCAUGUGGUUUUCAUGCCAGCUGCACUAAUACCCCAGGCUCUUACUCAUGUAGCUGUCUCCGUGGUUACCUGAUGGGCUCUGAGGGGUGCCAGGAUAUUGAUGAGUGCAUGCUUGCUGCUGUGACAGGCCUGCAAGCCUGUCAAGGUGAGGCUGAAUGCAAAAACACACCUGGCUCCUUCACCUGUUUGUGCCCUGAGGGAUACGUAAUGGCUAUAAAUGGGCAAAGCUGUGUAGAUGUGGAUGAGUGCAGCUUUGAGGAGCAGUGUCGCCGCGAGCUGGGAAAUGUGUGCAUUAAUACUCCUGGCAGCUUUUCGUGCCAGUGCCAGCUGGGAUUCAGAGCAGAGGCCCCUGCCUGUGUUGGUCCUGUGUGUCCAGACUACUCUGUCUGUCAAGAUGUGGAUGAAUGUAUAGAAAAUCCUGCGGUGUGUGAUGGUCAGGGCAUAUGUGAGAACACGCUUGGGAGCUACAAGUGUGUUUGUCGACCAGGUUACCGGGGAAACGGCACACACUGUGAAGAUGAGAAUGAGUGUGUGUCCGGUGGUCACACGUGUGACACCAACGCUCGGUGCGGUAACAUCAUCGGGUCGUAUUUCUGUCAGUGUUACCAGGGCUUCAACGGAGAUGGACACUCUUGUUUCGACAUUGACGAGUGCAUUGUGAACAACGGCCACUGUGAACACAACUGCACCAAUGAGCCAGGAAGUUAUAGCUGCCAGUGUGCCUCGGGUUACCAGCUGGGCCAGGAUGGACGCAGCUGCGCAGAUGUGGAUGAGUGUGUGGCAUUAAAUGGGACCUGCAAGCACAUUUGCAUCAAUACUCAGGGCUCUUUCUACUGCUCCUGCAGACCCGGCUACCAGCUGCACAUUGAUGGCCACACCUGCGUGGACAUUGAUGAAUGUAAACUCCAGAAUGGCGGCUGUUCCCACACCUGCACUAAUUCUCCAGGGGGACACACUUGCCACUGCCCCCCUCCUCUGUUGUUAGACAUAGACAACCUCACCUGCAGCAAUGCUACAUCCUGUAAACUGAGAAACGGCGGUUGCGACCACACGUGCACUGUGAGGGCUGAGGGCCGUGUUCAGUGCAGCUGUCGAGCUGGCUGGCAACUGGGCAAAGACACGAGGAGCUGUGCUGAUGUGAACGAGUGUGAGGACUUCACUAACGGAGGCUGCGAGCAGCUCUGUGUGAACCGUCCUGGUGGGUUUAACUGCACCUGUAAGAAGGGCUAUGAAAUUAGAAAAGAUGACCCCACCAAGUGCCAGCCUGUGUGUGACCCCCCUUGUCAGAACUAUGGAGUGUGUGUUGCCCCGAACAUUUGUGACUGUCCUCCAGGCUAUCCUGGUGUAGGCUGCUCAGCCAUGUGCUCCCCACCAUGUGCUCAUGGAGGUACCUGUAUGCGCUGGAACAAAUGUUUGUGUCUUCCUGGAUGGACAGGAGCAGGCUGCCACACAGCUGUGUGUGAGUUACCUUGUGCUAAUGGAGGCCGCUGUGUGGAGCCUGAUACUUGCCAGUGUCCCUCUGACUAUACCGGCCCCCAGUGCCUCUUGCCCCUGUGUACUCCUGCCUGUCAAAAUGGGGGAAGAUGUGUGGAUGUCAACAAAUGCACAUGUGUUAGUGGAUGGCAAGGAGCUCGAUGCCAGAUAGAGCCUGUGCAUUGCCAGAAACCUUGUAAAAACGGUGGCGCGUGUGUGGGCCUCAACCGGUGCCGCUGUACCACAGGUUUUACUGGAGAUCUCUGUGAACAGGCGGUGACCACUCCCUGUGUGCCACCCUGUCAACACGGAGCCAUGUGCAGCCCUCACAACACCUGUACCUGUCCAGAGGGCACUGCAGGCCUGCGCUGUGAGAGACUGACUUGCCCAGUUGUCACCACAGUGGUGAGUAUGGCUCGAGGGGUGAGGAAAGCAUUUAGGGAAAGUUAUGUUGACCGCUGUGGACCCUUCGGAGUUCAGCUUUGUACUAAAUACAGGAUAAACCAGGCACGUGUGUACCUUCAGGCCUACAGAGUUGGCUACAAAAUCCAUUGUCCUCAAGGGAAAGUCAGAUAAGCAGUGCUGACACUGCGAAAGCUGUUUGUCACGAGAAAAGGUCACCCACUAGACAAUCUUUUGGCCAACACAGGAAGGCAAGAAUGGACUGAUAACACAACAUGUGAAAUGUGGAACUAAACAGUGUUGAGGGUGUUGUAGCUUUUCUGUGAUUAGUCUGACCUUAAUAUCAGCCUCUGUGUUGAAAUGAAAAUGGCACAAGUGUAUCAAAGGUUUGUGUGGACUGGAAUUAUUGUGAAGAUUCAUACUGUCUAUGAAAUCUUAUCAGUGACUGGUGAAUAAAAGUGUGAGUUCACAUCAAGAAAUAUUUGAAGGUAAACUCACGCGCACACGCUAUCAAACUUACUAUGUGGAUGUCAGAAAAGGAGAGUUUGCCAACAUUUCUGUAAUCAUCUCACAAUCUAUUUCAUGUAUACAAGUGUGAAUGUAAGCCAUAUUAUAUUGCAUAUUGUAUUCAUUAUUAUUACUGGUGAAAUAAGCCCCGGUUCAUUGGCCACAUUUACUUUGAAAUUCCUGUAAAACAUUAAUCAGUCAAAUACACAAUGUUCUCGACAUGAACCCAGUGGACUCCAUAUGUGUUUCUACACAGUUAGCUAAAACACCGCCUGUUUUUGUGUUUUGAGCAGCAAUCAUUUUUUUUCUCUAGAUUAACAAUGACAACAUUUAAAGAAGCCUGAAG